GGGCGCAGGGCGGGGAGGCAUAAAGGGCGCUGCGCUGCGGGGCGGGCUGCACGCGGGAGGCUGACGGGGCAGCAGCACCCGCGAGCCGGCACCGGGCGGGGCCAUCGCAACCGCGCGCAAAGAGGCCGAGCGGGAGCCCGGACCGCGCGGGACCAGGUACUUUGUGCUCUGCUGAGUCUGGAAUACCCAGGGCUACUUUCUCAGAGUCAUAUGGACUCUUAGUACAGAGACCUCUUUCUUCAACCUAUGGAGAGAAGCACCUGAAUGCUCAUAAACACAGCAGGAACCCAAGACCUGGCUGGAAGACACCACCUCUCCUCAUCUCUGCCCCUCCCACAGACUGUUCUGCGAUGACCACAGCAAGAUAUCGGCCCACCUGGGACCUGGCCCUCGACCCCCUGGUGUCCUGCAAGCUGUGCCUCGGGGAGUACCCAGCGGAGCAGAUGACAACCAUUGCCCAGUGCCAGUGUAUCUUCUGUACCCUGUGCCUGAAACAGUAUGUUGAGCUCUUGAUCAAAGAAGGACUGGAAACUGCAAUUAGCUGCCCGGAUGCUGCCUGUCCUAAACAGGGCCACCUUCAGGAGAAUGAGAUUGAGUGUAUGGUUGCAGCUGAAAUUAUGCAGAGAUAUAAAAAGCUACAAUUUGAAAGAGAGGUGCUCUUUGACCCUUGUCGGACGUGGUGCCCAGCAUCCACCUGCCAGGCCGUGUGCCAACUCCAGGACAUAGGGCUGCAGACCCCGCAGCUGGUGCAGUGCAAAGCCUGCGACAUGGAAUUCUGUUCUGCUUGCAAAGCCCGCUGGCACCCUGGCCAAGGCUGCCCAGAGACCAUGCCCAUCAGCUUCCUUCCCGGGGAGACCAGCUCUGCUUUCAAGGUGGAAGAGGGCGACGCGCCCAUCAAACGCUGCCCCAAGUGCAGGGUGUACAUCGAGCGGGACGAGGGCUGUGCACAGAUGAUGUGUAAGAACUGCAAGCAUGCCUUCUGCUGGUACUGCCUGGAGUCUCUGGACGAUGACUUUCUUCUGAUACACUAUGACAAGGGGCCCUGCCGCAACAAGCUGGGUCACUCCCGGGCAUCAGUGAUCUGGCAUCGGACACAGGUGGUGGGGAUUUUUGCUGGAUUUGGGCUUCUGCUCUUAGUGGCCUCCCCGUUCUUGCUCCUGGCCACACCCUUUGUACUUUGCUGCAAAUGCAAGUGCAGUAAAGGUGACGAUGACCCGUUGCCCACCUAGAGGACGGCAUGAUGCUGGAACAGACCCCUUCCUCGGGACGUGUGGCUCCCCUGUCCCCUACCACCCCUCUCACUAAACAUGGUUUUUGCCUUAUGUGCCCCGUUGAGCUUCAGUGUCCGACUCGCUGCAGAGAUUUCAGGGAUGACGCCAGCGAGUGGGCAGAGGCCCAGGCGUGGUCUCCCGGGUGCUGCUGAGGCAACGGAGGCAAAGUGGGGUCGGGGGGCGGGCGUCCCACAGAGUCAUUCUGUGUCUGCAGACCUGGCUGGGGGUAGCAUCAGCUGCACAUCGGGCAGUUUCCUCCCCUGGGAGUUUCUGAGACCCGCUUGGACAGAGGGACACUUUGACUUCAAGAUGGCGUAUGUUGUCAGUAGAAGUCUUCGAGAAUUAGUACUCUCUCCGGCCAGCACCUGAAUAUCCGACUUGAGGAAAAAAAACCCACCCUGUUUGUGACAACUGUUUUUAUUCCUAAAGGCAUUUAGUAAAAAUCCUUUUUAGAAAGCUUCCCCCCCACACACACACCCUGUCAACUGAGUAGUGAAAAUCAAUAAGGUGCGUAUAAACCAUCCUAUGCCUUUUUUCGAAAUGUGCAUUUUAUGAAGUUAUAGGUAAAUCUUUUCUGGCCUGACCAUUUCUUUCAGGAGCUACAGAAAGCCUUAUGCACACUCUGUGUUUCUUCUUGGAACCCGCUGUAAUCGGUUUUUUGAAUGCUGUGAGCUGUGUACCGUUACCCACACGGGCCCCGUUGCAUUUCUUUGAAAACACUGCUACAUGUGUAGGAUCAUCUCUCGCCCCACCCCGUUGCCCUCUGCCCCCGUUCAGCUCACAGGGUUCAUCCCUUCAGCCCUCUCCCUCCCAGGUGGCAUCAGAUGCCUUUGGAUAUCUUUAAACCAGAUGUUUUCCUCUGAACUAAUUUUACAAGUGACUCUGUCUUGAUUCCUUGCCCCACUUUUUAGGCAGGCACCAAGGAGACAGUGUCAUCCAUCCCUGGGGAGCUCUUGGAGGCCGGGUUGGAGCUUUCUGAAGUCUAUGCUUUGUUCAAAUGCUUUAAGUAAUUUGAAAAAACCAUGUGAUUCACACAGUCUGAACUCCGUAGUUGACCAGUUUGAUCUUGCUAGGGGAAAAGAAAAAAAGGAGAGAGAAAGAAUGGAAAAUGAAAAAGGAAGGAAGGAAAGAGGGAAGGGAGGGAGAGAUCCUUAUUUUGAUGUGCAGAGUUUGUAAAUUGACCCUUCUCUGGGCUAUGUGACAGUUUCCAUGUCCACAACGGACAAGAUAAUACUAAGACACAGGUAUUCCGUGAGUUGACUCUGAAAACAGGAAGGAGUGCUUCCCUUUCAGAUUUGGCUUUCAAAGUCCAGUGUGCGUCCCAGGAUCAGGCUAGAGAUGUCUAGGUUUGGCAGAGGAGUGAGUGGCUGGUCUGAAGGCGUAUUAAGCAUCCUGCAAAGGAGUAAAGCAAACACAGAGUCCUCUCAUCUCAGCCAUUUAUCCACUGCAGCCACAUCUGUAGUGGCUGUCUGUGUGACUCCACAUUUAUGGGUCAAUGUCAAGCCCCAGCCGACACUCCCUGCAAAGAAAUGACUUCAUUUUCUUUAUUUUUAAUUGACAGUGAGUAACUGAGGUAAAACAGAACCACUGGUCUCUCACCUUCUGGUACUGAUUUUUCUCUAUUAAGCGAAAGCCAUUUAGAAGCUCAGUCCUCACCAAAACCACACUCAAAAAGUCCCCCUGGUAGUUGGGAAUUACAGGUGUGACUUCUGGGUGAAGCCUAGGCCUUGAGCCUCUGUGGUCAGAAACUGGUCAGUAGCUGGGAUUUGAGACUUCAAGCCUGUAAUUUGUAUGUGAAAGUAUCCAGCCACCACCCCUUAAAAUGCCUAUCAGAAGUCUCGGCAGUCCUGGGCCCAGUUCCUUCUUGCUUCACCUUGAUUACUGUUGUCUGAUCAUUGUUCAGUGACAUGCCGUCGUUGCAGUAGGGUUGACUGCAGCUCAGGCACCCUAAUCAAAGAUGGGGUCACCUUAUGUCUGGGAGACACCUCUGUAACCCCACCUGCUCUCACACAGCAGCCUACAGUGAGCUUCCUAAGCACACGGCUGGACAGAGGUGGGAACCAUAGGGGCACUGGGGCAAGCAGGUGUAGUCAGAGUAUCCUGUCUGCCCUGAGUCUUUUGUAACAAGCACACUUAUUCAGUUGGCUUCAGUAAUAAAACCUAACUUGUCCGUUCCCUAUAGAAACACCAGCAAGAUCACGUUGAAAUAUAUACACUUGUGUGUUUUCCCUGUGGGAGCCCGUUUAGUAGAGGCUCCCACGUGCAUUUAUCAUGGACAUUCAGCUAGAGCCAUGUGUGACGUGAAAUGCACAUGGAACAGUAGAGAUGGCCCCAGAUGCAGCUGGUCUCUCUCAGUCCUAAGAAGGCCAAGGGGCUCUGUGAUCAACCGUAGCCUCAUUUCCAUCGCUCAGAGUGGUUCAUCAGAACUGAAAUGGAGUUUCCUGAGACAGACUGUUUUCCUGACUGAAGAAGGCAGGCCUUGUGGAGAAGGCUCUUAGUGAUAGGCUAUGGGGCUAUUCAGUAUGGCUCCGCUGAGGGCUGCUGGUGUGAGAGUUAUCCGAGGCUGCUGGGCUGCUGACUUUGCUACAGUCUUACCGGCUGUCUUAUCUCUGCCAAACUCAGCCCUGCGCCUUGUGGCCCAAGUGGUGAGGCUUCCCAUUCUCACCCAGGGUGAUGCUUGCAGAGGACUGGGUGACAGCUCCUUGUAGGGACAGGGAUUUGGAUUUCGUGAGUCACAGCCGUCCUCCCUACACAGAAGGAGCUCAGACUACGGAACCAACACUCCCCCACCCCGUCCCCCUUUUGUACCUAUCUUGAGGAGAACAAAUUCUCUCUACAGCGUAUUAUUCUAUAAAGCAGAUAUGAGACUCUGGCCGGUUCCCCACUGAACGCAGUGCAUGUGGGAGGAAGGAUAGUCAGGCUUGAAAAACUGGCUUCAAGGUGAGAUUAUCUUUUCCAUUGGAGUUAGAAAGGGGAAAGGUUAUUUUAUGAAUUAGAAGAGAAAGAAGAGUUCCCCUUGGUAGGCUUUAAAAAUUAAGGGAUUGAAAAAAAAAACCAGGGAGGACUUAUUUUGUAUACUUCCCAGAUUUCCACUGAUUAAUAAAUGUACCUGUGAAUAUAUAUAUGUAAAUCACAAUGAAAUCGUCAAGGGAAACCAUUUUUGCAUGUAUGCCAUUUUAUGAAGGUUUCCUUAAAGAAAAUAAAUACCAAAGCUUGUUUCUCCCUCACAAUGAACCCAAACCCUUAUCAAGUUAAAUGAGGUGAAGAAAUUUGGCUAUUGCCAAAAACUUAACCAGGGGGGAAGGGCUUGUGUUCAAACACUUACUAAUGCCCUCUGACUAGGGGAACCCAUCCUUUUUGGUAGUUGAAACCCCGUGGUCUCCAGCCUUCCUGACUUGGAUAAUCCUGUCUUCCAAGAUCCCAGGGCCCUUCAGUUAGGUGUAGCUGUGUGCCACGUGCCUGACUUUUCUUUCAUACUUUGCUUACUUUGCCUUGGGUGUAUUUUAAUCUUGUAUAAAAAAAAACAUGCAUGUGUCAGUCAUGCGCACGUGCACACGUAUACAUUCUGUAUUUGACAAAUGGUGGUAAGACCAAACGAACAAAAAAAUAAGAAAAUUGCAUUUGUGGUUUUGCAACGUGAGUACACUUUGUACCACUAACACUGUGAUGUAUAAGAGCUGUCUGAAUGCCUUUUCAUGUUGUGAUUUGUACUUUAGAAUCCUAUGGAAACAUUUGAUUUAUAAUUCCAAUACAUAUUUUGAAUGUAUUGUGUCUUACGUAGUCUGUCUCCCCUUUCAAAGGGGUGUCUUUUUAAAGGUAUUUUGGCUGGAAUACAGGUGAUAAUUUUGUAAA